AUGUUGACAAUAAGUCAGGUUCUUAUAGCUGUGGCUGUAUUUCUUCUAAUUACCCAGUUUUUAAAGUUGCAGCAAGCACAGAGAUGGCUUCCUCCUGGACCAAUUCCUCUCCCAGUUUUUGGGACCUUGAUACAGCUGAACUUUCAGUUUAAUCGUGAUCUCCUCAUGAAGCUGGCAAAAAUUCAUGGCAAUAUAUUCACCUUAUGGUUUGGAUGGGCCCCAGUGGUUGUACUGAAUGGAUUUCAAGCAGUGAAGGAUGGUAUGACCACUCACCCUGAAGAUGUUUCUGGGAGGCUGGUGUCUCCUUUCUUCAGAGCAAUGGCCAAAGGGAAAGGGAUUAUGUUGGCAACUGGUCACACCUGGAAGCAGCAGAGAAGGUUUGCACUCAGGACUCUACGCAACCUUGGCCUGGGGAAAAAAGGUCUGGAGCAUCGAGUUCAAGAGGAAGCCCACUACCUGGUAGCCUUUUUUGCGAGCAUGAGAGGGAAACCUCUGGAUCCUUCUUUCUCUCUUGUUCAUUCUGUUUCAAAUGUCAUUUGUGCUGUCGUGUUUGGACAUCGUUUCUCCAGAGAGGAUGAGACUUUUCAUGAACUGAUUAGAGCCACAGAGCAUCUGUUCAAAUUUGGGGGCAGCUUUAUUCAUCAUCUGUACGAAAUCUUCCCCUGGCUGAUGUGCCGUCUCCCUGGGCCCCACAAGAAGGCGCUGGCUUGCUAUGAUGUCCUGAGCAACUUUACACGGAGAGAGAUCAGAAUGCACAAGGAGUGUGGGACACUGGAUGAACUGCAGGAUUUCAUUGACUUUUACCUGGCUCAUAUUGAAAAAUCCAAAGAUGAACCCAGGUCUACAUACAAUGAAGACAACAUGGUUUAUUCUAUAAAUGACCUUUUCCUGGGUGGAUCAGAGACAACAAGCACUACUUUGAACUGGGGUCUGCUCUAUAUGGUGGCAUAUCCAGACAUCCAAGAGAAAGUUCAGAAGGAGUUGGAUGCUGUUCUAGGUCCUUCCAAGUUAAUCUGCUAUGAGGAUCGGAGAGAACUGCCCUACACAAAUGCUGUGGUUCAUGAGAUCCAACGCUUCAGCAACAUUAUCUCAGUUGGCAUGCCCAGGGUGUGUGUGAGGAACACAACAUUGCUUGGCUUUCCCCUCAAAAAGGGCACCAUAAUUCUUCCAAAUAUUGCUUCAUCUUUGUAUGACCCAGAGCAGUGGGAAACACCUCGACAAUUCAACCCUGGUCACUUCUUGGAUAAGGAUGGAAACUUUGUGAGCCAAGAAGCCUUUUUACCAUUCUCAAUAGGGCACCGUGUGUGUUUGGGGGAGCACCUAGCGAGGACCGAGCUCUUUAUUUUCUUUGCCAACCUGCUGAGGUCUUUCACCUUCCAGCUCCCCGAGGGAGUGACAGAAAUCAACAUAGAGCCCAUUUUGGGGGGUACCCUGCAGCCCCACCCAUACAGGGUUUGUGCCAUUCCCCGCUAG